AGGGGGGGACUGACCAUUUGAGCACUCGGGCACUGCCCGAGGGCCCGGGGUCAGUAGGGGGCCCCAUGAGAUGCCCCUGGUACCUUUCAUUGUCUUUUUCAAAGGCUUUUUUGGGUGCUUUUUUGAGUUUGGGCAAGGACACAGGGGCCCCAUGAUCCCCUAUUGCCCGGGGGCCCCAUGAGUUGUCAGUCCGCCCCUGUACCGGACUGUCCAGUCAGAGUUCAUAGGAGUCAGGUAGGUCAGUAUAGGAAUCAGGUAGGUCAGUAUAGAAAUCAGGUAGGUCAGUGUAGUAGU